AUGGAGAGCCCAUCUGCUAUCCCAGAGGGCCACCGCGCCUACCUUGUCACUGACACCGACCAAGGUGGACAUAUCGUUAUUGUCUCAACUCUCUUGAUGUCAUGGAUGGUAUUAUGCUUCUUCAUUCGGAUAUACAUUCGAUCGGAUAUAAAUGGGCCUUUUGGUUUGGACGAUUCAGUCGUGGGGAUAGGAUCAACUCUAGGCAUUGUCCAUGUUGGUGUAUUGUUAAAAGCAGUCAGCCAGGGAAUAGGAAAAUCGAACAUAUAUCUACAACCAUCCGAAGUAGACUCAGCUGAACAGACUCUAUAUGCUAGCGAUAUAUUCUUCAUCUUAGCACAUUCAUGCGCUAAGGCGUCUGUGGCACUGCUUUUAUUCAGAUUGGGACGAGACAUUUUAUACAAACGGGUGUGUGCUUCAAUAGCACUCUUCAUCGGCAUAUGGGGAGUUGCAGCUACAACCACCAUGUCAAUUAAGUGCGACCUUUCGAGACCUUGGAUCUUGAAUGACAAAUGCAGUUAUAUUGUUAGUGGCCUUUCUUGCGCUUCAGCGGUCUCUGAGUUGCGCUGGCAGGUUAUCACAGCAUUUGACGUCAUGACUGAACUUCUGAUAUUCGGGAUGUUGGUGUAUCUCAUAUGGGGCUUACAGAUGGUGAUGAGCCGAAAAGUUAUUAUUGUCAGCGCUUUCGCAUGUAGACUUCCCGUUGUUGGAUUCUCUAUCUUUCGAUUGACGACGAUACAUGGCGUGGUAGACCUCCGUGACCCAACGCUUUCGAUGGUACCCUACGUUAUCUGGACAGAGAUACUCUUACAUUACAGUAUCAUGGCGGCGACAAUACCCUGCCUCAAACCAUUCUUCAUUGCAUUUAACACGGGAUGGGGCCAGGGAAGCCACAAAAGGACAAGCAGGUAUCCGCCCUACAAUUCUCGGACAAGCUCAAAGACCGGUCCUAAUUUUUCCAACAAACUUGGGAAGAUAAUGGGAUCUCCGCAGUCUGAUUUUCGGAAUGACACCUCUGGAACAAGAAGUAUAUCGCAAGCUCUAAAUCGCGGGGGUGCACCUUCAGUUGAGAGUCAUGAAUCGCAGCAGAUGAUUAUCCGAGAGACUAGGGGUUGGACGGUUGAACAUGAAAGUUUCGAAAUGAGAAGCUAUGGAAAUAUGCAUCAAGCUUGA